CGUAUUUUUACCAAUAUAAUGUGAAGUAGCUGCUUUCUGUAGGCAUUCGAAUUAGGUAUUUAGAUGUUGCUCUGAUAAGUUUUAGUUAAAAUUGCUAUUUAAUAAACAGCCAAUAUGCAAACGGUUGUUUUUGUAAUUGAUAACUCGGCGUCUAUGAACCAGACAUGUUAUCUUGGGAAAAGCCUUUUGGACGUCGCUAAAGGGGCCGUUGAGACGUUUAUUAAGCAACGAGCCAACCGUGGGGAUAAAUACAUGUUAGUAACAUUUGAUGAGGCGCCCAAUGGUAUUCGUGCCGGCUGGAGAGAAUGCCAGAACCACGGUAUGGUGUUAAACAGGCUGAAAAACCUCACUGCUGACGGUUUAACAACACUUGGGUAUUCUUUGCGUCUUUCGUUUGACCUGCUCGGCGUUAACCGCCAUUUAACCAACAUAGACACUUACGGGAUGGGUAGAAGUCCAUUUUAUCUUGACCCAUCCAUGAUCAUAGCUAUCACUGAUGGAGCCAAGUUAAGCAGCUCCUCAGCUGUGUAUGAUGAGCUGCAUCUUCCUAUGACGAACCCCUUACCUGGUAGCGAACUCACCAAAGAGCCUUUCAGGUGGGACCAGAGGUUGUUUUCUCUGGUUCUCAGACUCCCAGCUAACCCAACACAAGAGCCCGAACAACUUGGGAGCGUUCCAAGUGAUUCGUCACCGAUUAGUUUGAUGUGUGAAGUGACCGGAGGUCGGUCCUACUGCAUUAAAACUCAGAAAACAUUAAUGCAAUGUCUUGACUCUCUGGUGCAAAAAAGCCAGAGUGGUGUUGUGAUCCACUUUGAAAGAUUCGAUACUGAUACCGCGGACAAACGUAACGGGAAACCAGAAGCAACAAACGGAAUAAAUAAUGAAACCCCAUCGUGGCAUUCGCUCCACAGAAUGAUCUACGUACGUCCCAGCCCUAAGAGUGGUCUACCAGUUGGUCACUGGCCACUACCUGAAGCUUAUUGUCCUGACCAAAAAGCACCCACUUUACCCCCAAGGACGGCUCACCCAAUUUUGCGAUUUAUUUGCCAAAAUGUUGAGCCAAUACUUCUAACAAAUUUCCCGUAUGAUAAAUAUGAGCUUGAGCCCUCUCCUCUUACUCAAGUUCUCCUGGAGAAAAAGAACCCAAACACUUGUUGGAAAGUGUUUGUUGAUAAUAGUGGCAAGCAAAGUGGUGUACGUCACCCUUGUGGUUACCUCAAAUGUAGCAGCAAUUUACAAGCUGUCAAUUUAUUUGUGAUGCCGUACAAUUACCCAGUUAUUCUUCCCCUUAUUGAUCAACUUAUCAAACAGAAGAUGAAACCUUCGAAUGACUGGAGACGCCAGUUUGAUGAUUAUUUGAAAAUGGUUCCACCAUAUUACAUGAAUUCGCUACGCAAGGCGUUAAAACAAGUUGCUGCCCCAAAUAACUUGAUAUCAGACUCAUACGGACCUGGUCUCAGUUACCCUGUGACUGUUUACUUCAAAAAAUUAAAAGAACAAACCAAAGUUGCCGCUGAUAGAUUCUUUGCACCUCUUGCCAAUGAUGUUUCUAACAGAGGAGUCAGCAUCACUCCUCGAUCUGGUGCGCUAUCCGUCACCCAGCAACCAAAUUUCCAUAGAUUACUGGCCUCAGUUUCAGGAGAGGGCACGCCUUUCGCCCAAGUUGAGUUGAUGCAAUUUCCCGAGUUUCGGAUCAGCCAGAAGCCGUCCGGGCACCGACCUCACCCUAGGAAGUUCCAUAACCCGUUCGAUAUUCCUCGGAAUCAGUUAUUGACGCAACUUCGAGAAAUGAGAGUCAAUUUUAAUCACGUUGUGCGUUCUUCUAUCGCAGAAGCUGUCGGCUCCACUGGCCAAAUUGCUCAAAAUAAGAUGCGUGUUCGUUUACAAGACCGUGUUGAAAUACACAACCAACCAAUGUCACAGAUGGGAAACUAUCAGGACUAUAUUAAAGGGCUUCCAGCUCCUUUAAGAGAAGCAAACCCAGAUACCCCUAAACGUCUUCACACUUUUGGCAACCCUUUUAAACUGGCAAAGGAAAAAGGCAUGAUGAUUGACGAGACGGAAGAUUAUGAUGGACCUUCUGCAUCCGCAAGCCCGAAGAGGAAGUCCGGGCAAGAGCAAGGGGGUCCUCCACACAAAAGGAAGAGAUUAGGAUCAUUCUCCAAGAAGUUCAACUUCAAAUCCCCAGCUCAUGAUGCUCAGAAGGACCAGAAUGUAAUUCCGAAGAUUGAAGGGAACAAGUUGGGUCCAUCAAAUAAGCAGCAGAAUGAAGGUGAAGAAAUAAAGAAGAACUUACAAGAUGGAGUUGAAAUUCAAGACUCUGGUGUUGAGUCUUCAUCUGACUCUUUAACAGUUGAUGAUGUAAAGUCGGAAGAAAUGGACAAACCGGUCAAUACUGGCCAUGUAAAGAAGCACAAGAGUGUAAAAACUGAUAAAAAGAAACUGACAUCGCCGCUAUUGAAUUCAAACAACACUGUAAAAGCUGAGGUCAUAAAAUUAAUCCGAAAACCAGGUUUACAUACAGUUAAAGUGGUUGAGCUGCUGAAGGACAUUGUUGGUACAUCUGAUGUUAAGAACAUUCUGCUUGAAAGUUUAAUUACAGAGGCUGGAAGGUUUAAACGUCAUAAACUGAUCCAUGUCAUGAAAGCAGCACAAAAAUCACUACAAGAUGAUAAUGCGUAAUUAAAAAAAAAUCAAUUUUUCAUAACUUGUUUCAAAAUCUGCAUAUUGAUUUUGUAUUUCUAUAAAACUGUCAUAUUUGUUUUGUUCCUUUUUCACUUUCUUGUGUUGUGUUUGUGUAUGUGUAUGUCCCUAAUUGUGCAUUUCUCAUUUUAAACUUAAAAUCCUUUCAUUUCUCAUCAUCAGUUUCAAAUAUUAUACUUACAACUUUGGAUAAUUACGUUUUUGUGCAUUAAAUUUAUUUAUAUAUAUAUAAAUAACAUUAAAACAAAAAUAAGAAUUGUGAAAUAAAUAUGUCAUGUUUUUAGCAAUUUUCAUGAAAAAGAUAAAUUUCAUUUAACUCAACUUAAAAAAAUAACCCAAGGGGAUUAGUUGGUAAAUGGUUCAGCUACAUCAUCUCAUUUGAUUUUUAAUAACACUGCUAUUUUUUCCAUCCUA